GUGCUGACGUUAGAACAAUCGGGCAAAUGGCCUGACGAGCUGAUGUCUUUCACUCACAUGAAGCGCCUCAUGGUUAUCCGCAUUCAUGAACUUUUGUCACCUUUGGGCAUCCCGUCGCACGUGACCGCAAAUAAUAUGCUGGACAUUUUCUUGGAUGGCCUUGUGUUUCGCGUGUCAGUCGCUCAGCCACGCGAGUUGCGCCUUUUGCAGAAAACGGCCAUGAUUUCCAGCGCUCUGCCGGUCCUUCGGAUGCCUGGGUCGAAAAGUAAAGCUUCUGUUGCCUCCUCUACAGACACCCCAUUGGUGGAUACGCCCGCUUCGCUUGCUUGGACACGUUUAAAUCGAAGCAUGCCAGCCGUUUGUGGCAUGCUAGCAGCUGUGGCUAGAAGUGAGGCUCACGUAUUCCCUGUUGCCUGUCGCUUGGCUAAGCGUUGGCUAUCUGCACAUGGUUUUCCCGUCGUAUUGUGCCCGUUUGAGGCCGAGCUAGAUGGCGUUCGUGAUUUGAACGGAGAUGUAGCAGUGCAAUCCAAACGAGAUGGAAACGGCCUAGUUACUCAUAGACACCAGGCGUCCACGAAUAGUCCGAACCCCGCAGAUUGCGCCUAUCGACUUACGGAAAUUGCGGUUGAGUUGCUGGUCUUGUACGCAGCCGGAUUUUCCACACCAGUCGCACAACGCUCGGAGAUCUCGGAUGGUAUGAGCAACUGGGAAUCCGUUCGUGUGGCCAGUGGCUCCCCGGUUGCAGCAUUUUUGCGUUUUCUAAGGCUGUUAGCUACUCAUGACUGGGAACAGAGGCCAUUGCUUAUCGACCUAAACGAGGGGUUUGCCGAUGUACAAAAACGCCGUGCCGCCUUGACUUGUUUUGAGACUGGACGAGAGCGAUUGCCAGCCAUGGUGCUUUGCACACCGCUAGACCCGUCCGGUUCAGAAUGGACCACAUUGGGACCAACACGGGCAGGCCUGUGCGUAUUGCAGCAGUUAGCAGCUCAUUCCCGUGCGCUUCUGCGGGCUAUGCUCGUGGCUGGUGCCAAGUUCCGUGAACUGAAGAAUGUGUUUCGUCCGACACUGCGUAACAUGGAUCUUUUAAUGACCCUGAAACCCGAAAUAAUCGAGGUACAUGGCGCAGAGUCCAUUGAUUAUGAUGCAGGUCAGACAGGUUAUGCCGGAGGAUUUCAAACUACUACAACCAAGCCCAUAUUUAGCGGUCAAGAAGCAGAAGACGCUCUUCCCACCGAGAUUCCUCCUCCUGGUGCUCGAUUUUGGCCUUCAAGCUAUUGUUACGAUCCACUGCAGUGGGUGGCACGCCUGGUACAGGUUCAUCUUAGCCGUUACUUCGAGGUCUUUUGGGAUCGACACGGUGGCAACUGGAUUGGUUUGCGACGGCGUCCCACUGUUAUCGAUUCUGAACACGAAGGAGCAAAACGGAUAUUUGCUCGUGACGUACUCGACGGUCUGGUUGUGCACAAGCCAUCCGCCGACGGUUCACAAAUGGUUGUGACUCACAAGUUACCUCGUCUUGUACGGCUCCUACCGGACUGGGUGUCGGGCCUUGUUGAGCGAGUGGAAGAUCUGUCUGCAACCACGAGCCCGGAGAACAAUCAGAAGAACAAAGUGAAGAAAAAGCGCAUGGUAGAAUUACAAAGAGGAACGUAG